AGGGCUGCCGAGGGGCCGGCCGGGCAAUCAUGGCCUCCGGGUGCCGGAUAGGCCCGUCCAUCCUCAACAGCGACUUGGCGGCGCUGGGCGCGGAGUGCGUCCGCAUGAUGGACUGCGGGGCCGACUACCUGCACCUGGAUGUAAUGGACGGGCAUUUUGUCCCGAACAUCACUUUUGGCCAUCCUGUGGUAGAGAGCCUUCGGAAGCAGCUGGGGCAGGAACCCUUUUUCGAUAUGCACAUGAUGGUUGCCAAGCCAGAACAGUGGGUGAAGCCCAUGGCUGUGGCGGGGGCAAACCAGUACACUUUCCACAUAGAAGCCACGGAAAACGCAGGCGCACUGAUCAAGGAUAUCCGAGAAAAUGGAAUGAAGGUUGGUUUGGCUAUCAAACCGGGAACGACAGUAGAAUAUUUAGCACCGUGGGCCAGUCAGAUAGACAUGGCCUUAGUCAUGACAGUGGAGCCUGGCUUUGGGGGUCAGAAGUUCAUGGAAGAUAUGAUGCCAAAGGUUAACUGGCUGAGAACGCAGUUCCCUUCCUUGGAUAUUGAAGUGGAUGGUGGCGUUGGGCCGGAUACCAUUCAUAAAUGUGCAGAGGCAGGGGCCAAUAUGAUCGUGUCCGGCAGCGCCAUCAUGAAGAGUGACGACCCCAGAGCUGUAAUUAACCUUCUCAGGAACGUGUGUUGUGAGGCCGCGCAGAAGCGUUCCCUGGACCGAUGAAACCGUUUUGCCAGAACCGUGGCCGAAUGCUGCUUUGUUUGUUAUGUUUAUGGGUGGGUAUCCGUCACUGAAUUGCAUCACUACUCAGACGAGACCGUGAGACUAGAGUCAUUCCUCCACCGCAGAGAAGACUGUUGCGGGACAGCAAGCUUGUUCUCGCAGCUAGGGAGAAUUCCAAUUCCAUCCUGUCACUUGACUGUGAAAGGCAAACUUUGCAAUACGUACUGCACAACAGGGUACGUGCCAGCAUUUUAUGGGAAACCUCAAAGUAUUUGUUCCAUAUGCAACAAUUAACUCUGUGCAUUCCUUUCUCUUUAAGAAAAUAACUUCUUAAACGUGUGAAAAUAAAUGCUCGAAAGAGCAGCGCAUUGAUUGA